GUGGGAAGAGUUUCCCGGUCACUGUCCGAUUGCUGGAGCCGGGAAAGUUGCCAUGUCCACCGAUUCGGCGAAGAAGAGGAAAACCAAAGUGAUUCGGAGUGACGGCGGAGCGGUGGAGAAGGAGAGCAGGAAGACUCGGGGUGAUGGUGACCAGGAGAGUAAAGUUUAUAGUGAAGAAGCGGAAGUGGAGACACGAGAUCCCGCUAAAGACUAUGAUAUGUUCAAGAAAACCUGUGAGGAUCUCCAAAGGCUGAUGGCUGAGAUUCAUGAACUGAAGAGUAAAGGAGGAAAAGAUGCUUCAGCAGAGAUUGACGAACGGCGGAUCCAGAGCUGUAUUCAUUUCAUGACUCUAAAGAAGUUAAACCGUUUGGCUCAUAUCAGGUUAAAAAAGGGUCGCGAUCAAACUCACGAGGCCAAACAGAAAGUGGAUGCUCUUCAUCUUCAACUUCAGAAUCUUCUCUAUGAGGUGAUGCAUCUUCAAAAGGAAAUCACCAAAUGCUUAGAGUUCAAAUCAAAACAUGAAGAGAUUGACUUGGUGGAUGUAGAGGAAUUCUAUAAAGAGGCCCCCUCAGACAUUAGCAAGCCUAUGCUCACCAUGAAUGAUCCACAUCAGCAGACUCUGUCACGCUUGGACUGGGAACUUGAACAGCGUAAAAGGUUGGCUGAAAAGUAUAAAGAAUCACUAGCAAACAAAGAGAAAAUUCGAAAAGACAUUGAAAUCAAAAAAGAAUAUUUAAAUAGUCUUCAGCCAAGGCUCAACACUAUUAUGCAGGCAUCUUUACCAGUCCAAGAGUAUCUUUCCAUGCCCUUUGACCAAACUCAUAAACAAUACGAAAUAGCUAGACACCUGCCUCCUCCGUUAUAUGUGCUGUACGUUCAGGCAAAUUCAUAUGGGCAAGCUUGUGCUCAGAUGAACAAGGCCUCCCAGCCCUAUGGGCGGGAUAAGAAUCUUACAGUAGCUAUUGAUGGGGAUGUUGAAGAAGCCAAGGCACUUGCAAGACCGCCAGAGGACUCCCAAGAUGAUGAAAGUGACUCCGAUGCAGAGGAGGAGCAGACAACAACAAAACGUCGCCGUCCGACUCUUGGCCUGCAACUGGACGACAAGCGUAGAGAAAUGUUAAAACGGCACCCUCUGUCCGUUACUUUAGACCUAAAAAACAAAGAUGGCAGUGUCCUUCACCUUUAUUUCUACUAUUUGAUGAGCCUCAAUAUAAUGACCGUCAAAACUAAAGUGACCACAGCUACUGAAAUGUCCGUAGCUAUCAGUGCAGGAGAUCUGUUGUCUCCAGCCUCAUUGUUGAGUUGCUUGUAUCCUGGAGACCAUGGUAAGAAGACUCCAAAUCCUGCAAAUCAUUAUCAAUUUGAUAAAGUUGGUAUCUUAACAUUCAGUGACUACAUUGGAGAGCUGGGACAUCCCUAUGUUUGGGUUCAAAAACUUGGAGGACUGCAUUUUCCAAAGGAUCAGCCACAAAAAUUUGUAAUGGCUGACAAUUCUGUAAGCGCCAGUCACAUGGAAACUACAAUAAAAUUGUUGCGUGUGAGGUUACAAUCCCGACUGGCUCUGCAGAAACAGUUUGCUUCAUUAGAGCAUAGUAUUGUGCCGAUAUCCAGUGAAUGUCAGCAUCUUUUCCCAGUUAAGGUCAUAGCUAGAUUGAUCAAAUGGUGUGCCAUUUCGUAUGAGGAUUAUGUGGCUCUGCCUUUUACCAAGCAUGUCGUUGAAGCAGGCAUGGCCCAAGAGACUGACCUAUUCUUUUCAGCUUUGAUAGAACGAGGGACGGCUAAGCUCCAUGCAGCAAUAGUGUUGAAUCCUGGUUAUUCUACCAUCCCCCCUAUCUUCAGUCUCUGUUUAAAUUGGAAGGGAGAGAAAUCAAGUCGUAAUGAUGAUAAUCUAAAGGCGAUAGAGGGCGAGGUUAAUGUAUGCUUCAAGGAAUUGCUGGGUCCCAAACCAGGACAUCAACUCCUGACAAAUCAGAUCCAGCGUUUAUGUAUGUGUCUGGAUGUUUACUUGGAAACGGAGACCCAUGAUAACAGUGUGGAAGGGCCAAAAGAAUUCCCACGAGAGAAGAUGUGCCUGCGCCUUGUCCGAGGUCCUAAUCGAAUCAAGCCUUUCAAAUACAAUCAUCCACAGGGAUUCUUCACACACCGGUGAAGCAGCAGUAAUUGAAUGGAGUUUCUACAUGCAGCUGUGCCUGUUAACUAUCUGAUGGAUCCUCCACAACAAUUUAAAUUUAAAUGUGGAUGAGGAAAACUACGAGCAUCAGUAUUACAGCUCUGGAGUUUGUAAAUUGGGUGAAUAAACUUAAAGGCACCAUAAUUUGUUGCAGAAGCUGUCUUUUGUCUCCCAAGAUUGAAUAUAUUUGCAACUUAAUUUUAGUAUGAACUAUUUUUGAGGAUAUUUGGCAUUUGUUGUACAAAUCUUUUUCAUUUGUCAUUGAAACUGAAUUCUACAUGAACUUAUGUCUACUUGUUACAGUCUAAAUUAAAAGUGACAGUUUUGAUUGGUAUUUUUAA